AUGGGCAUCUACACGCAUAACCACCCACCUACCCCGACAAUGUCGACUCCCCUGAAGAAAGAAGCCCUCACCUUCAGCAGCCUCCCCAGGGAGAUCCGCCUCCAGAUAUGGGAGCACGUCAUCAGCCCCAGCGUGCACCGUAUCUCCGCCAUCUCCGCGACGCCCAGCAUGCGCGUCCGGGCCUCGAGCACCCUCGUCCGCUCAACGGCUUCCUCCCGCGCCGCCCUCGCCGUCAGCCGCGCGGAACGAGCCAUCAUCCUCCGCUGGCUGCUGCCCAACGAGAUGCCCGUGAUCGGCGGGGGCAAGAACAACAACAACAAGCACGGCGUCCUGCGGUUCCACGCCGCCAGGGACAUCAUCUGCUUCGUCUGGGAGGUGCUCCGGAGGCAGUUCAUCUCCCUGUCCAUCAAGUGGUGUCAGGUAGGCCGCUUCCAGGAGGGCGCAGACGGCGACGCAGACCCGCGUCCAGCGUGGAUGUCGCAGAUUCAGAACAUGGCCAUGGAGCUCGCGCCCAUCGAGGCAGGCUGGCACGAGAACGCGCCGAUGCACCUUGCCUUUGCGUCGUUUGGCCUGGGCAACCACUGCUCCUGGUUCAGCGGGCUGAAGCGGCUGUACAUAGUAUGCGAGCCGCGAGAGGAGCUGCUGCGGCCGAGGUUUCUGCAGAAGACUCAUCCGGAUGGCACCGUGACCGUCAAGAUGGUCAAGGACUACGUCGUGAAGAUGAAGAAGGAGCACGUCCGCGCUGCGUUUCUGCACACGGCGACGUACUCGGGAAGAGACGAGACGCACGCGUACAUCUCGGGCGCGACGGCGAUUGAGAGGCUGCAGAUGAGGAGGUCGGCGUGCACCGCGGUCAAGGAGGUUUUUGGGCUCAACAAGAGGCGGCAGAAGCAGGAGCUACAAGGGUCACUCGACGACGGGCUCAAGUUUGAUGUCAAGAUAGGCGUUUUGCUGCAUGUGAGGAAGUAG